AUGCCAGUCGAAACACCGUUAUUAGACCAAUCUCAUCUUAAACCGGGCCAUAAGGCCUCGUUACUUUCACAUUCGCAAACUUUAGAACUAUAUAGACAAAAUGCUAAAAAGACUAAUGAUCCCGACCUUCAGUUUGAAUUUGCGGCUUUUAUGGUAGAAGCUUCAAGAGCCAUGAACGAGGAAGAAGCAAAAAAAAGAGACGACCUAGUUAAAGAAGGUUUAGCUCUUUUAAGAAAAUUAGCUGAUAGAGGCCAUGCUAAUUCACAAUAUUAUCUUGCAGAUUGCUAUGCAAGUGCUAUAGGUACUUCAAAAAAUAAACCUGAUUUUGACAAAGCUUUUCCUCUGUUUGUACAAUCUAGUAAACAUGGUCACCCUGAUGCUGCUUAUCGCGCUGGCGUAUGUUAUGAACAGGGUUGGGGAUGUCCAUCAUCUAGUCAUCCUGGAGCAUUGUAUAGAUUAGGUAUUGCUGAAUUAAAAGGGGAAUUAGGAUUAGCCAAAAAUCCUCGUGAUGGUGUAAGAUAUCUCAAGAGAGCAGCAGAAAAUGCAAAUGAAGAAUUUCCACAUGCGUUACAUGAAUUAUCAGAACUUCAUGAGAAGGGUAUUGAUAACGUAUGUUUUGUAGAUAUAGAAUAUGCGGUACAAUUACUUAUAGAGGCGGCAAAUUUAAAUUAUGCACCAUCAGCAUUUAAAUUAGGAGAAUACUAUGAAUACGGUAAAAUGGGUUGCCCACAAGAUGCUGCAUUAUCAAUUCAUUAUUAUACCAUUGCAGCACAACAAGAUCACAGAGAAGCUUGUUUCGCUCUAACAGCUUGGUAUCUUGUUGGUAGUCCUGGAAUACUACCACAAAGUGAUACAGAAGCUUAUUUAUGGGCGAAAAGAGCUGCUGAAAAAGGGUUGCCUAAAGCUGAAUAUGCUGUUGGAUAUUUUACCGAAGUAGGUAUCGGUGUUAAAAAAGAUCAAUUGGAUGCAAAUAAGUGGUAUCGUCGUGCUGCUGAACAUGGUGAUAAAAGAGCUCAACAAAGGUUAAAAGGUGGUGCACCUAUUGAUGAAAAGAAACCUAAAAGAGAUGAUUGUGUAAUCUCUUAA